AUGUCUUGCUUAGAAAUAGUAGAAAAGUCUAGAAAAAGUCUCGUAAAUCCUCUAACUACUUUUCGUAUGCAACGAUGUUUAUGGGUUGCGCGUGCGCAGCAUCAGCCCGCAACACUUACAGGAGUAUUAAACAUCGGCUGGAAGCGACCUUGGUUCAGCGUGAAUCACUGCGGCGAAAGUGGGAGAAAUGUGCCACCGCGCCCCGCGCCCACCGCUCACUUUUACUUUCCAGCGUGGCGCAACCGACGGCGGCGCCGGCACGCCACUCGCCCGGCGCCCGCGGCCCGCAGCGCCGUCGCGCCGACUCUACGCUCUCCCGCGAACCACCGCGAUCCCCCGCAAACCCGCGCCUGUGACUGUGCCCGGAUUACAGUGUUCUGUGCUAUCAACCCUGGAUUCAGUUGGUGUAUCGCAGUGAAAGCCGAACCGGGUCGGCGAAGCGUUAGGCAACGCGCGAACUCGCGCGGCCUCGCACUCUCCUGCAGGAAGCGUGUCGCAAGCGUGGAAGUGGCGCAAGCGCCGGGAAACCGCCGCGCGCCCCUGCGCGCUACUACACCCUGGAUUGCCCCAACGAGGAUCAACUCUUAUCUA